CUAAAAUUCAAGAGAAAAUGAAGAAAGUGGUACUGCAAUUGGAGUUACAUGAUGAUAAAGGCAAGCAAAAAGCCAUGAAGAUUGUCUCUGGCCUCUCAGGGAUUGAUUCAAUAGCAAUGGACAUGAAAGACAGGAAAUUGACAUUGACAGGGGACAUAGACCCUGUGGUUGUGGUGGCCAAGUUAAGAAAGCUUUGCCGCACAGAGAUAGUCACAGUUGGACCAGCAAAAGAAGAGAAGAAGAAAGAUGAGCCUAAGAAAGAUGACAAGAAAGCCGAUGACAAGAAGAAAGAUGAUCAGCUUAAGGGCUACCCAUUCUAUUAUCAAAACCUUCCCAUCCAAACAUACCCUUACCAAGCAUACCCUUAUUAUAGAGCUGUAGCAGAGGAGGAGCCAAAUUCUUGUGUUAUUUGCUAAUUUUCUUAGAUUUUGAUGAAAACUAUCAAUAUGUCACCAGUUUGUAUCACUGUUUAUAUUAAUAUCUAUACUUUCUUUGACA